AAUUGGACCGAGUCGCUGUCAGUCGGAUUCACUCACGUUGAACAUCGUCCGCCUCUCCGGCUCUCUGUCUGCUGAGACCGCCGUCAUAUUGGCUGCUAGAGGCAGCAGCGACCACGGCAGAAAAGAAGACCCCCACCAUGAUGAAGAACGGGCUUUCGCAGCACUUAAAGAAUAAUUUAACUUUUUAAACCAUUUUGAUUACUAUUUAACUAAUUAAUGUCAAAAUAUUCGGGAUGAUACCGUCAAGUGUCCGCGUAUCUUCAGUACUUUCAUCCGACACCGUGGUCCGCAAAGGGGAUAUAUGCCUGAAUUCUCUUAAUAGCCAUUUUUUGCAGACAAAGAGAGCUGUUGAAUAGGGCUUUCAGAAGGCACAAGGGGUCCCAGGGGCUCCUAUUGAUGAAGAAAGCGGGCAACAUGUGGAGCAACCUGAAGAGCAAAUGCCAGACACUCUUUCACAACAACAGUUCAGGACCCAGUGAAAGCAGGGUUGAGGCAGAUGCCGUCCACUGUGUGGUGGAUCUUGGCCAAGGAGGCAGCUCAGGUGAUGCGCAUGCAUCAGGAGCCUCCAGCCCAUCACGGAGCCUCCUACCAGUGCCAAUGGUAACAGCAGGACGCCGCCAUCACAACUGUGUGUCGGACAUCCCUCAGAUAGUUGAGAUCACUAUUGACAAGGACACUGAGGAUAUGCGGGGGGGAUCAGGGGGUGUUCCCCUGGCCCGGAGAGACUCCUAUUCCCGUCAUGCUCCAUGGGGGGGCAAGAAAAAGCACUCAUGUUCCACCAAAACCCAGAGCUCUCUGGAGGGUGAUAGGCGGUCUGGGCGUUUACGGGGGAGUGGCAACCGUAGGGACAGGCGUUAUGGAGUCAGCUCCAUCCAGGAGAUGAGUGACUCUGUAUCUGGAGGACGCAGUCUGAAUGCUCGGUCUUUACGCCAGCGGCUAAGUGAUACAGUAGGACUAUGCUUACCCCUGCCUACUCGUAGACGCUCCCGUUCAUCUAAGAACCCUGUCACCUCCAAACGUAAGAUUCACUUGACAGAGCUCAUGCUGGAGACGUGCCCCUUCCCACCAGGCUCAGACCUUGCUCACAAGUGGCACUUGAUCAAGCAGCACACAGCACCGGUCAGCCCGCAUUCCUCCACUGCCCUGCUCGAUGCCUUUGACCCGGCCCACCCCUCUCCUGAGGAUGAAGAGGAACGUCUACGUGAGCGCCGCAGACUUAGCAUUGAGGAAGGUGUGGACCCACCACCUAAUGCACAGAUCCACACCCUGGAGGCCUCAGUGCCGGGGUCCUCUCUCUACAAACUGGGACCAAAGAUGGCUCCUGGCAUUGGAGAGGCCUCUGGGGAUGGCCGGGCCUCAGGGACCGGCAGCUCUGUUGGUGCUGGAUCAUCAGGGGCCUGUGGGCAGGUGUUGGGGGCUACAGCGUCCGCCCACGACUGUGAUUCUGAGGAGGAUUCAACCACCCUCUGUCUGCAGGCAAGGAGGCCCAAGCAGAGGCACGCCUCUGGGGAUGGUCACAUGAGCCGGCAGCAACCUGGGCCCUGGAAGGUUCACACCCAGAUAGACUACAUCCAUUGCCUGGUGCCAGACCUAUUGCAGAUCACAGCUCUGCCCUGUUACUGGGGCGUGAUGGACCGCUACGAGGCUGAGGCACUGCUGGAUGGACGGCCAGAGGGCACCUUCCUGCUGCGUGACUCCGCCCAGGAGGACUACCUCUUCUCCGUUAGCUUCCGCCGUUACAACCGCUCACUGCAUGCCCGCAUCGAGCAGUGGAACCACAACUUCAGCUUUGAUGCUCAUGACCCAUGUGUUUUCCACUCUUCCACCGUUACAGGACUGCUGGAGCACUACAAGGACCCAAGCGCCUGCAUGUUUUUUGAACCGCUGCUUACAGCACCUCUCCAUCGAACCUUUCCCUUUGGCCUGCAGCACUUGGCACGAGCUGCCAUCUGCCGCUGGACCACCUACGAUGGUAUAGGCUCUUUGCCGCUGCCCCCUGCCUUGCAGGACUUCCUCAAGGAGUAUCACUAUAAACAGAAAGUACGAGUUCGCUGGCUGGAGAGGGAACCGCCACUCAAGGUCAAAUAGGGCGGGUUUCUCCAUUGUCUGUACAUACAGUGCAGGAGGAUCACAGAACUUUAGAAAUUCCUCAUUAGCCAAUUAGAGGCUAUACUGAUAUGGCGCUCUCUCUGGCAGGAAAUGGAAUUUAAAUGUAACAAGCUAUUCAAGAUUCAUUCUAAUCUUUGUUUUAGUUAUUACUUACAUCACAGAAAAUACAUAUGAUUAUAUUCAGUAUAAUGCUGUCUGGCAAGCACAUGUUUUUGUGUUAAACAGGUUGUUUUGACAGGGAGGGAAGGCACAAAUAUCAGUGCUUUGUGUCUUUUCUCUCAUGCAUUGUGCUAAAUGUCUGCCUGAUCCAACAACAUCACCCUGCCUGUAGACCUGCCUGCAUGCCUCCCCUGUUCAUCCCAAAUCGCUAUUUAGGCCCACAUGGCUACGUUGUACAGUUCACUUUGUGCUUUCUCUAUUUUUUUACUUCCUUAGCUUGUCAAAGCACCUAGUGGAGCACCUUCCCAAGUGUUUUAAGGUCUGUGUGGGUUGAGAGGGCAUCUGGAGGUGCUAUUGGUAUAUUGCAGUCAGAGCUUGUCCCAUGGAUAGAGCUACACAUAAGGCACAUUCUUUGCCAUUUCUUUGCACGCAUGAGUAUCAGCGAAGCCAGAGACAGGGAGAGAUUCUGAGAGGGUCCAUAGAGUUCAGGACAGCACAUCAGGGAAAUUAAGUGCUUUCUAAGGAUAAUAGAUUUGUCCUUAAAAACACUAGUUCCUCCUCAAGCAGUAAUGGUGAAUGAUGAAUACUAAAUCAGUCUAGUGUGUCCUAUUUAGUGAACAAGCUAAACUUAUCAACUUUUCUCCCACUGUACAGAAUUGCUUUUGAAACAGGAGGCACAGGAUGUAAGGAAAUAUUCUAAUAAUUCUUGCCAUUGUUACGGAUGUCAAAGCAGUCUGUUAUUUCUUCACUGGCCACAGGCACUUCAACUCUCUGCACAUAUGCACCCAGUUAAUUUUUUCAUGUAUAAAAUAUAGCUCCUUAGGUAACAUUUGAGCAGUCUGGGGUCUUUAUGGAAUUGUGCUAUGGCUUUAUAUGGUUUAACACCUACUUUCUUCAGUUAGCACCUUUUAGUGGCAUCUGGCUGAACAGAGAGCUUUGACCCUGUGUAUUCAAUUUGGGUAUUUUUCUUUCGUUUUCACAAGACACUUGUAAUAUCAGUGCAGCGAGCUGUGCACUUUGCUUAUUGUAAAUGCCAACAGGUGUUUUCUGAGAAGUCAAGGGUGCGUGUGAAAAGUGGUAGGUGAAGACAAUCAAUUAAACUAAACUCCCAGGAUUAGAUUGCAGUACCCUUUCCCUCCUGAAUUUAUAUUUCUUUUAUAAAACCAUGUAAAAUGUGUCAAGCUGUUUUUAUGAGGAGCACUGUGUCACUAACAGGAACGAGCACAUGAAGCUUUUUCUUCGGAGUCCAUGUCCCCCAUUUCACAACUUAUUACUAUGAGGUCUCAACCCCAACAAAUCCCCUCAUUGCCUGGAUGCAUUUAUAGUCAUAUCAUUGAGUGCCGGCUAACACUCAACUCUUGAGGGGUUGGCAUAUACUUGAGAUCUUUAGUUAUGUAAUCUUAAUUAUUUUAGUUGUGUGGCUUGGUACAAAUGCACUGCAGGCUAUCCAGUCAUUUCUGUUGUGUUCUCAGCGUGAAGAGAAAAUAAAUGUAACUUAUGUGCCUUUUUAGAAAAACAUUUAUCUUGUUCCAUAAUCAGUUGCUUUGUAGUCUAAACCUGGAGCAGGAGAUGCUUCAACACAGUCGCUUGGAUGACAUCAAAUGAGCCUGAAGAGAAUAACAAUGAAGAGGUGCAUGAGCUCAAAGCUCACUUACUUAUGAUGCACGUUAAAGUUUUUGCAACAGAAAAAAAAUAUAGUGGUGCUAUGUUGGUUAAGAUAUAACAGGUUAUUGAAAUUAUAAGUUUUACAUUAGUUACAUUUGUUCUCACUCACUAGUGCAUGCAUUGGUCUCUUGCCACAUUAUGGCUUGUGUGGUCGUAUUAGGUCAUUAGAGGGUCCAAUGACAGCCCUACUGUAGCAUAUUUCAGUGCAAGAUAUCCACAUUUGUCCAGCCCUCACAUGUGUAGGUUCUUGCCUGCAACUUGACAAAACAAAUCCUAAUGAGAGGGCAUCAGAAUGAUCCAACUUCUGAUGACAAUACCCAAGUUAGCCAUCAGUGUUUAAACUAAUUCAUCAGCAAGUGUUUGUUUUAACUCUUAAUUAGUAGUAAAAACACAUUACCUGGCUUUUAUAAAAAUGAAAUUAGUUUAACUUUUAAAUAAAAUGUGUGCACAUGACUGGGAGAAUGAGAUGGGUGCAAACAAGUGAGAUUCCUAAGGUGUUUAGAGAAUGUUUUUCUAACAUAAAUACUAUUCAGUGUUUCCCAUUCAUUGAUUUAUUUGUGGUGACUUGCUACAGUAUCAACAGUGACCGCCACAUAUUGAUUUUCUAUUUUUUUUAAUUCUAUUACGAAUGGGUCAAAUCUUACUUCAUUGCAGAGCUGUGGGCAGUGCAUUGAUUCACUCAGCCCCUCCUUGCCCUGCUCCUGCUCUCUCUCUCUUUCCCACACACACAAACACACUGACAACGGACCCGUCUUUCACAGCCGGAGUGGCCAUCGGGAGCACUGGGAGAAAUCCCGCUGCGUCAGUUGGCCGCUGGACCGUCAAAAAAUCCAUUACGUUUUUACUGCCCUGUCUCUUUAUUGGCCCUCUUUGUGUGACUAUCAUUCAGGAUUGGGCUCACUAUGAAAUCACAAUGUGUAAUCAACUCUCACCAACUCAACCCAAGUCAAUGACGGUUGUUACUUGUUUGACACAACGUGAAGCAAUGGAGCUGUAUAUAUUGUUCAGUAAUUUAUUAGUCACAAAGUACUUGGCAAUUAAAAUAUUUGCUGCGGAGCACCUUAUAUAUGGUAUUAUUUAAUAAUUAAUUUAAGAACCCCCCCCCGCCGCACCUGUCAGCUACCGCCACAAAUAGAAUCUAAGUGUGUGGGAAACACUGCAAUUAACUGGAAAGUAUUUAGAUGAAAACCCUGCAGUGAUGUAUAUAACUAAAAUAUUAAAGCUGAAACACGCCUGAGCUCAUGAUCACUGGAAAGGUUCAUCUGUAAAUGUUCUCAAACUAGUUCAUUUUUUUAGUCUGUGUAUGUGUGUGCUCGUGUCUAUCAGCCCACACAUAUGUUUAAGGUUACUUUUGUUCUCAUCAGUGAGGAUGAAUCUUGAACAAAUAUCAGUGCGUUUUCUUGCCCAUGAAUAUCUGAGACUGUGACCAAAGCUCCUGCACAGUUAUGUGUAUUAACUACUGGGCUAUUGCUUAUUGCAGUACUCAGUGGUGAUAAAAUUAAGCUAAAUUCUAUUUCAGCUUUACUAACAAGUGAAAGCUAAUUCCAUACUACAGUAUGUAACACUUAGGCUGCUCUUCUUUGCUAUAACAUAUACAUGUGGGAGGACCUGGCUAUGUUAAGCUCGCAUCUGCACCCUGAAACUAAGCAAUCGUCCUAUUUUCACAUAUUUAUCAGGCAGGCAACAAGAAAUUUUUUAUUCUUAUGCAGUUGGUAAAAGAUAAUUGGUGUAGGUUUAAGGGUUAAUAUUUCUCAUAUCUCACUAACCAAUUUUUAACUUCUAUACUGCAUUGUGAAUUGAUCAGCAUUUAUGGAACAUUUCCUCACAUAAAAGUCUGGAACAUUUUCCACUGCCUCGCCCGCUCUUUGUUGUCAGAAAGCAUGAAUCACCUAUUUGUGUUAGAGUGGCAGGAGUGAUUGUUAGGAGGAGGAGGAGAAGGCUGACAUUUGAGUGGCUUGCAUGUGCACUUUUAUGUUUCAGAAUUUUUAGCAUCCACAUUGUCAAAUAAAAGAAAAUGUAUACAAUAGCUUCAGAAAGUAUUCAGACCCCUUCAUUUUGUUUUCACACUUUUGUGCUGUAGGUUUAAUUCUAUAAAUGGGUAAAAUUGUCCCUCAAUCUACCCUCAAUAGCCACAAUGACAAAGUGAAAACAUGUUUUCAUAAAUUUUUGCAAAUUUAUUAAAAACCAGAAAGUUAAAUCUCUCAUUUACAAAAGUAUUCAGACGCUUGAUUCAGUACUUUGUAGUCAAAGCUUUGAGUCUUCUUAGGGAAGUCUCUACAAGCUUUGCACACCUGGAUUAGGGCAGUUUAUCCUAUUCUUGCUGAGAGUUCCUCUCAAGCUCCAUCGGAUUGGAUGGGAAACGUCUGGGUUUUGGCUGGGCCACUCAAGGACAGUCGGAGACUUGUCCCGAACCACUCCAUCGUUGUGUUGGCUGUAUGCCUCGGAUCAUUGCAGUGAUGAGGUGAACUGUCACCUUUCUGGCAAAGAGUUACAUUUUUGUCUCAUCACUCUGGAGAAUCUAUUUCCUCAUGCUCUGAGUUCUUUAAAUGCCGUUUGACAACUCCAAGCGGACUGCCAUAUGGCUUUUACUCAAAGUGGCUUCUGUCUAUCUACUCUACCAUAAAGGCCUGAUUGAUGGAGUGCUGCUGAGAUGCUCGUCCUUCCGGCAGGAUCUCCCAACCAUGCAGAGGAUUUCUGAAACUCUGUUACAGUGACCAUUGGCUUCUUGGUCACCUCCAUGACCAAGGCCCUUUUUGCCCAGUUACUCGGUUUGGCUGUAGGCCAGCUCCAGGAAGAGUCCUGUUGGUUCCAAACUUCUUCCAUUUCACAAUUAUUGAGUCCAUUGUGCUCCUGGGAACACUCAGUCCUUUAGAAAUGGUUUUAUAACCUUGCCCUGAUCUAUGCCUUGUCAUGAUUUUAUCUUAUAUACCUUAUAUACACAGGCUUGUGCCUUUCUAAACUACGUCCAAACAAUUCAAUUUGCCACAGGUGGACUCCAGUCAAGUUCUAGACACAUCUCAAGGAUAAUUAAAGCAAAGAGGAUCCACCUGAAUACCGUUUGGAGUGCAACAGCAAAGGGUCUGAAUGGUUUUGUAAAUAAAAGGUUUCAGUUAUCGAUUUUUCAUAAAUAUGCAAAUAUUUCUAAAAACAUGUUUUUACAUUAUAAUUUUGGGUUAAUGAGUGUAGAUUGAUGGGCAAAAAUUUAUCAGUUGAAAAUAAAAACUACAACAUAAAGUGCAAAAAGUGAAGGAGUCAGAAUACUCUUCCAAGCCGCUGUAUCUACUGAAGACCCACAAACAUCAUGCUAUCUUCUAUCUUGCUCACUGCCACCUGCCUAUCAUGCUGCUUCUUAGCAAUAGCAUGUUACUCCUUACCGUGACCAACCCCACUUGCGGGCACUAAUCACAGGCUAAUUUUACCAUGUGGGGAUAUAAAUUUACUGGGUACUAUAAGGGCCACUGUGUGUUGCCUUAUGGCUGCUGUAUGACUGAGGGAGGCCUUUUUUUUUUUUUUUUUUUUUUUUUUAAUCCAACUGCUCUCUCCCCAUCUGGAUACAUCCUUAACAUCACUGUGUUCAUGUAGAGGUGACUUUGGUUUAGAGUGAACUUGAGGCCUAUUUGUCCGACCCUCUACUCUUUCUCCAACCCUACUAGGGCGAUGUUAGGCUGAAGUUAACCUUAAAAAGCAGGAGAUGGAGCUGGCUCACUGAGAGCGCUGGCUUCCUGUCGUGGCAACAACGUGCUCACAGAGGGUGCAAGGAAUUUGUUGAAGUAAAUAGCACUUUAAUUGUGUAUUUGUGUUCUACUGUGCCGUCUGCAAGUAUUAGGACAGUGACACGUUUUUCGUUAUACUGGCUCUUUACUCCAUUAAAUUCUAUUUUAAAUGACAGUUGGGCUUAGCAACAACUUAAAGCUUUAACUUAAGGGUUUGUAUCCAUAUUGGGUGGACAUGGUAGGAAUUGUCCCAGUUUUUGUGAAAUCUGGCCCACAGUUCAACGCACUUAAGUUGUCAUAUUUGAAUUUGGUUGGACAUCUUUUGCAGCCAAAGUCUAUGACACACAUACAUGAGCAGACAGCUUUGUUUGUGGUGAUGUUCUGUGAGGUCUGUAACUGCAGUCAUGUUCAUUCUCGCUUGUUUUGGGAGAUUUUUGCCCUCAGUCUGGUUAUCAGCAAAUGAAACAUCCUUGGUUGGACUGAGGUCUGGACUUGGCCAGUCAAGAAAAUUCUGUUCUGGCUCUCGUUGGUUGUCCUUUCAGUGCGUUAAGGAUCGUCUUUCACCUGCUGUGACCUGAAAUUGCAUAUCGAAAAGCCAGUACUCCCACUCUGUACACCCAGUAUGGAUUUGAACUCUCUCAAAUGUAAGAAAGAAAAAAAAACUGGGAGUUAGCACUUUAACCUCAUAGUCAUUGUUUCAUUACCUGUAUGCUGCACUACAGAGUCAAAACAACUGAAAAUGUCCCACUGUCCAAACACUUAUGGACAGUACUCUACGUGUAUUAUUUCGAGAUGGCGAGAUUUGUGUGAGUGUUACAAAAAAGCCGGUGGUCCUGAAAUAUUUCACUUAUAUUCAGGUGUUGUAAGCUGUGUUAGUGGAGUAGUAGUCUCCACCAUGCUGCAGACUCUGUGCAUGCGUGUGUGUUGUGUGGGAGUAUAUUAGUGUAUGGACAGAGCCACACGGAGGGUUCCAGUGGAGGGGAUGCAGAGUCGACUGUGAGGGGUGAUGACAGUGACUCCAAUGAACAAUGCCUCUCUGCCCCUGUCCCACCCCCUUAUUCUCAGGCAGGCCCAUUGCAAGGAGAGUCCCAGGACCCUCUCAACCCAGUUUUCCCCAUGGGAAAUAUCUGAUGUUAAGUGUAGCACAUGUUUGCCAUAUAACCCAUAGAUUUAGGAGGGGAAAAAAGCAUUGUAUGUAUGAUGAAUGAUGGAGUUAUGGAAUAGGAUCCUGAUGAAAAGACAUUUUAUUCUUCUGUGGUGCAUUAACUGUCAAGGAACACACAUACAUUUGCACACAUCAUCACACUUCUAACACCUGCACUACCCCAGGUAUUGACACACACCACACCUUCCCACCACCCCUCCCUAUGCCAGGGAUGUGUAAACAUGGACCACAUUUAGCCAGCACCACCUUUUUUUGUGACUCCCCUAAAAAAGGGAAAACAAAGAUGGGUGUUUACGUGUAUAUUCUAUGUUCUUAAAAAACAAAAUGCCAUGAAUUGAACUAUUUUGACCUUAUAUUGUCAUUAGUAUGACACUAUUUAGCUGCACUAUGAGAUCCUCAUUUUAGGCAAGAAACCACUGGGUCUGGUCUGGAUGAAAGACAGGCUGGUUAUGUUGCAAAAGCAGCACCCCUGGAUGUAGGACUCCUACCCCCCACCUUGGUACGACUCAUGGUUUCAGCUCUUAGAGGACAAACAAAAAAAAAAGAUAUUUUAAACUUUUUUUUUUUUUUUUCAUGUUCCCAUAUAUAUUUUAGAAAGCUGGGCUAAGUGCUAUAUGCAAACAGAAAAAGAUGUAUGAAAGAAUUAUUAUUUUUCAUUAUUACUUCUCCCUUAUAUGCAAUGGAGUGUAGUGUAACAAUGGUUGCAAUCCUCUGUCACUUUAAUGCUGUAUGUGCACAUUGGUUGCUGUGUGGAUGUAGGUGCCGAGGCAACAGGACUUGACAAUGAUGGGAACUAAUGGUUGUCACUCUGCAGCGCCGCAGUGUUCCCAGACUGCCUUAUUCGUUCCGACCAAUCACAAGAGCCCUUUAAAUCUGGGGCCGCAGCCACUGCCACAGGCUGAGCAAGCUGAAGUCAGACGAAUAUCGCUGUUCCAUUUUCUUCUGCUUUUCCUCGCUUGUUCUUUUUUCUUUAUCUCCUCUUCUUCUGUCAGGUAGGAUUUGGAGCGUGUAAAUGGCAUAAUCAUGUUCACAUCUCACUAUCUGUUUUGUGUAUCUGCUUCACCAUUCAAAGAGAAAAAAAAAAAACAGUUGUUUUCCAGUAUAACCUGUUCAUUUUUAAGAGCCGUAUGAUGCGACACUUGUAGCUGUCACUCUUGGUGCUUGGCUUAUGCUUCAUUGUCUUAAUAUUCCAAAUAAAACUGUUAAGUGUAAUCCACACUGGCCCAUGA